GGCCAUGCCCGUGGAGCACCAGUCCCACGGCAGAGCCCGUGCUCCCACGCAGUGCCACCAGCAGUCAGGGAGCCACCCAUAGCCACAGACUAGGUCACGGUGCUUGUGCCAGGACAGGAGUGGGGGUGAAAGGGGGGAGCCGGGGCCACACGGUGCCACUUCAGGGCAGGUGAAGCAGCAGCUCCGGGCCGCGUGCCACCUCCGCUGUCCCUGCUCGCGGUGGCAGGGACGGCUUAGCGGGCGCCGCCUGUGCCCGCACACUCCCUGGCAGGUGAUGUCUCAGGAGGACGCGGGAGUUGUCACCCCCGCGCCGGAUAAUCCGAGGAGAUGAGAGCAGGCGAGGCGGCGGCUCCGCAGGUGGCUGCAGGAGCGGCCGCCCGACCCCGCCGCGGGCCCGCGGGGCUGCCGGGCGGCGGGAAGGAGGUGAAAGCCACGCGGGUGGCCCGGGGUCGGGGCGACCUGGGCGUGCAGCCGUGGCACAGCCGGCGACCGAGCCGCUGGCCCCGCUCCAGCCGGGGAGUUGCAUAAGCCCGGGGAGCAGCGCCGAGGCGGCGGAGCGCCGCCGGGGCAGGUGACACGGCCGGCGGCACAGCGGGGCGCGCAGCCCGCCCGGGCGCCCUCGGACCCCGCGGCCAUGAGGGCCGGACCCGGGGGGCUCGCCUGGCCCGGGGCGCGUCCCGGCGAUCGGCUCCGGCCGGGGGAGCACGUGUGAAGCGGGGCCGAGCGGAGGCGGCCCCGGGAUUUGGCACGUUCGCAAGGAGCACUCGAGAGCCCCGGGAUGGACGCGGAGGGCCCCGGGCGGUGACGUAAGGACUCGCACGGGCUCGGCUCGACUCGCCAGCCGGCCCCCAUGUCCCCGGGGCCAGCGGCGGCCCCGGCGGAGGGAGGCAGGGCGGCGGCAGAGCUAGCAUGGACCAGCGUCAGGGGCCACCAGAGCGAAGGCCUGCAGGACCUGCCACGCACCUGCAGCCCAAGGAGGGGACACUGUGGGGGUUCUUUGCCAUCCUGUCUCUGCUGGCUGGGCUGGCCACGGGCACCCUGCGAACACCGCACUGCAACGAGACGCUGGACGCAGCCCCCACGCCGCGGGGCAUGGCCACGGCCAGCGUGUCUGCGGAGGAUGGCGCGGAGGCACCGCUUGCUGCUGCCUGGAGCCAGCUGUACGGGGACAACGCGACAACAGGUAGCCCAGGCACCGCAGAGCUGGCGGAGGACCUGCUGCUGCGUGCCGAGCGCUCGCCGCCAGGUGCCGGCAAAGCCAAAAAGGGGGGGGUGAAAUCCCCACGGCGCACCCGGGGCCGCAACUGCCACAUCCGCAACCUGAUGGUGAAGGUGCGCGACCUGGGCCUGGGCUUCAACUCGGACGAGAUCGUGCUCUUCAAGUACUGCAGCGGGUCCUGCCACCGGGCACGCAGCAACUAUGACCUGACGCUGGGCAGCCUGCUGCGGCAGCAGCUCAUCGCCCCGGGGCCGCAGGAGCGGGUCCUCAGCCACCCCUGCUGCCGACCCACCCGCUACGAGGCUGUCUCCUUCAUGGAUGUGGAGAACACGUGGCAGACAGUGGAGAAGCUCUCAGCCGCCGAGUGCAGCUGUAUUGGCUGAGGAGGGGGCUGCUGGCUUGGCCCCAGCUCGACACAUGCCGACAGACUCCAGCUUGUCACGUGCAGUGGCACUGUUGCUCAGAACAAGGGUUUGGCAGAGGCUGGUGCCCCUGUUAUUACGUGGCCACAAAGAACCGAGGUGAGGUGGAGUCAUGACUGGGGUGUGGGUGGCCAAGCCCGCUCCUGCUCAGUGCCAAGCAGCUGCUGCCAGCAGCUACAGGGAGUCCUGCCCGGGUGCCCUGGCUCAGCCCUGGGAGACGAGCUGAAGAGAGUAUGGAUCAUCCCCUCCACUCCCAAGGGUCUGCCAGCCCGGGGUCCAGCAGAGGCACUCCUGCACCUGUGCUCCAGGGCCAAGCAUCACCCAAGCUUCAGAGGGGGCAAAACCUCCCUGUCCCCGCGGGCACCCUGGGAUCAGUGGUGCAGGGGAGGGCUGUCCCUGAGGGCGGGGAUGCAGUGGGGCCAAUCUGCACCAGAGUGGAGUGGGGGGUCUGCACCCGGACCAGCAGCAGACUCUCGUAUCCCGCAGGGUGUUCGCUCAUAGACCCCCGUUGGGACUCCCACCCCUGCCUGGUUCCCAGGGUAGUGGCAGGGUCCCCGCGCUGCUCCGUGGUGCUGUGGCACUAAACUAUUUAUUACUCUAAAUUAUUUAUUUAUUGUUCUCGAGCGGCAGCUCCUAUUUAUGACUUUGGGCCCCCAGCGGCCGGGUGUAAUUUAACCCCAGCGCUGCACUGAAGCCCUGGGCAGCGCCCCGCGCACCCCGCACCCUUUUUCUAUUAUUUGUAAAAUUUGAGGGAUAAACUCUAUUUUUGUACAGUCGCCUUUUCCUGUAGCAAUAAAGCGAUGGGCUGCGCGUCCA